AUGGCUGCUAGCUUUCUUGGUCAGAGUGAGGCACCAUCCCAGCAGGUGGACAGUCCUGUAGACAUGGCUUCUGCUCCUGAAGCCCCAGAGAGACCCUCCGUCCCGGUCCCAUCUGAGAGGCUGGCGGAGGCCUCAGGGACACAAGACAGCCCUACAGCUGGUGUCAGCUCCUCAGUCACAGAGUCUGAGAAACUUUACCCUUGUCCCUGCCCUAUCACCCAUGAGAUCUGUGUCUGCGGUCACCUCUCUCGGCCCGUGCUGACCUGGCUGCCCUCCCUCUCUGCAGCUCUGGAAGCAACUGAUGGACUCACCUGCACCCUGAGCAGGGACGUCGGUGUGGGCGGCUCUGACAUCUACUGGAUCCAGCAGCGGCCAGGGAGCCCUCCCCGGGAGGGAGAACCUCCCCUGAGGUUCUCCUCAGACUCGGAUAAGCACCAGGGCUCCGGGGUCCCCGGCCGCUUCUCGGGUUCCAAAGACACCUCGGCCAAUGGGGGGCUUCUGCGCGUCUUGGGGCUGCAGGCUGAGGAUGAGGCAGACUCUUACUGUAAUACUGGACAUGGCAGCCCUUAUAUGGACAAUGUCCUCCAGAACCUUGGGGAAGUGAGACUAAAACCUCCCCAGUGCUCUCUCUGCAUGCUGCAGUCACCCCUGCCCUGCCUGGUACCAAGGCUACUCCGGGUGACAUCUGUUGUCAUCUCUUCAUCCAGCUUCCUUUCUUAG